AAGAAGAAAUAAAUACUACUAAGAAAGAACAUACCCUGAUCAGGUUUCAAGGGUUGGUUCUUUUUCAACCCUUAGAGAUCUGAUCUUUCAUAUAAUUAUUCAUCAAUUUUUUUUCCUAUCCAAAAAGAAAAAAAGAAACAAAAAAAUGGUUCGUGUAAGCAAUUUCUUAAUCUCAUUUGUUAACUUGUUAACCUUUGUUGUUGCUAUAUUGGCUAUAGCAAUUGGCAUUUGGGCUAAAGCAGAAGAAAGUAAAAGCCUUUGCCAAAAAGCAAUUUACAUGCCUUUUUUAAUAUUUGGGGCAUCACUUCUCGUACUUUCUUUAAUGGGAUUAGUGGGAUCUUGUUGCAGAGCCUCAUUUUUCCUAUGGAUAUAUUUGUUUUUUCUGUUUUUAUUCAUUGUGGGAAUGAUUUGUUUCUCGGUUUUCACUAUUUUGGUUACAAAUAAGAACGUGGGCAAGGCUUUAUCUGGAAAAGGAGAUAAUGAAGCCAAAUUUGGAGAUUGGCAACAUUGGUUGGAGAAGCAUGUUGUUAAUGAAAAACAUUGGGGUGAUAUUAAGAGUUGUAUGGCUACUUUCAAAUAUUGUCAAAUGAUUCCACGUGGCAAAUCUGCAGAUUUUUACAAAUAUAGCCUCCCCGUUACUCAGUCGAGUUGUUGUAAACCGCCAACUUACUGUGGCUUUGAAUUUCACAAUGCAACCCACUGGACAAUGCCAAAAGCAGGACCAGCCGUGCCAGACAGUGACUGCAAAACUUGGAGCAAUGUUCAAAAUGAACUCUGUUUCAAUUGCCAAUCAUGCAAAUCAUCAUUCCUUGAAUCUAUCCAGAAAAAUUGGAACAAAUUUGCACUCAUCAACUUUUGUAUUUUCGUUUUUAUCAUCAUAAUUUACUCUGUUGGUUGUUGUGCUCUAAGAAACAAUAGAUCAAAAGGAUAUUACAAACCAUACCCUUAAAUUUUUCUAAGUGAUUUAUUUGGUAAGAAGGAGCUUAUUUGGUUUGGUUAACUGUGACAUUAAUACUGCAUUUUUGUUUGUGAAUGACUUGACUUUGUACAACAAUCUGUAAAUUCCAAUUUGUAUGGAUUUAUUAAAUUUUAGGAAUUUUAUACAAUCUCCUCUUUUGUACUGA